UUUUACCUCUUUCAGUGACUGAAGUCUAAACUACAAACUUAUGGGAUUUUAAUAAGAAAUACAUUGAAAAAUAUCUCAAAGGAAGGACUAAAGAUAUGGACAUCCUAAGCUCAACAAAGGCUUGGAAAUGGCAAGUAGUGUAUUCCUAUUUACUUUGUAGCUGGGGCUGGGUCUCUGGGCAGCUUCGGUAUUCUAUUGUUGAGGAGUCAGAACCAGAAUCUAUUGUGGGGAAUGUAGCUCAGGAUUUGGGAAUACACCAGGCAAAUUUAUACAAGCGAAGACUGCAUUUGGGAUCUGAGGGAACCAGUCGACAGUUUGCAGUGAAUCAAGCUAAUGGGGCUCUUACUGUGACAGAGAAGGUAGACAGAGAAAGCCUGUGUGCAUCCAGCUCAAGCUGUUUUUUGCCUGUUCAAGUUGUUGCUGAAAAUCCGUUGGAGGUUUUUAGUCUAGAAAUUGAAAUUUUGGACAUAAAUGACAAUUCACCAAGUUUUUCAAAAGACCAUCACAUUAUAACAAUAACAGAGAUUCGUGCAAACCCUGGUGUUCGGUUUCCUUUAGAGAUUGCAAAGGAUCCCGAUGUUGGCGUCAAUGGUAUUAGUCAGUAUAAAAUAGAAACAAACCCAUAUUUUUCAUUGUCUGUGAAGAAACGCAAAGACGGGACUCCUAUUCCUGAGCUGGUACUGGAAAGGGCUCUAGACAGAGAAGAAAAAAAAGAGCAUAGACUCAUUCUCACUGCUGUUGAUGGUGGUGAGCCAGCCAGAUCAGGAUCUUGUCAAAUCACUGUAAUUGUUUUAGAUUUCAAUGAUAAUCCACCAGUGUUUUCUCAAUCAAGCUAUAGAAUAACACUAUUAGAAAAUUCAAAGCUUAACACCCUUUUAAUCACACUUAAUGCUACAGACCUGGAUGAGGGAAAAAAUAGUGAAAUAGAAUAUUAUCUUGAUGACCAUACUUCAGAUUUUGCAAAGGAAUUGUUUAGUUUAAAUUCCCAAACUGGUGACAUUUUUAUCAAAGGAUUAGUGGAUUUUGAAGAAUCAAAAUUUCAUGAACUAUCAGUUCUAGCAAAGGAUAAAGGAUUUCCUGAAUUAGAAGGGCGUUGUGUGCUUCAUGUUGAAGUAGAAGAUAUCAAUGAUAAUGCACCUGAAAUAAUAUUAACCUCCAUGUCGACAUCUGUGCCUGAAAAUGCAACCCUAGACACUGCUGUGGCUUUUUUUACAGUGAGAGACAGAGAUUCUGGGAAAAAUGGAGAGGUUAAACUCGAGGUUUCCCAAGGCAUCCCAUUUAGAAUUAAACCUUUAAACAAUCACUAUUCCUUGGUCACAGAUGGAAUACUAGACAGAGAGAAGAUCUCUAAGUAUACGAUUCAACUGACCGCAACUGAUUUGGGCUUUCCUGCUCUGCAAACCCAAACUACAAUCACGCUACAUGUUUCUGACAUUAAUGACAACCCCCCAGUUUUUCUACAAACUCAUUAUGAAGCAUUCAUAAAAGAAAAUAAUGAACCAGGCAGUUUAUUAUAUGCAGUAUCUGCAUUUGAUUUAGAUGAAGGCGUCAAUGCAGGCUUAAUAUAUUCUAUAACUGAGAGAAAUAUAGAUAGCUCUCCUGUUUCUUCUUUUGUCUACAUUAAUCCCCAAAAUGGUAAUAUCUAUGCCCAGCGUGCCUUUGAUUUUGAGUACAUUCAGAUUUUUCAAAUAUCUGUAAAAGUAGAAGAUUCUGGGAAAUUAUUUUCCAGUGUUGAUGUGUCUAUAUUUGUACUGGACGUAAAUGAUAACUUCCCCACUGUACUUUAUCCAGUUGUUUCAAAUGAGAUCAUUAUUAGUGAACUGGUUCCAAAGUCGGCAGCUGUUGGGUAUUUAGUAACAAAGGUAUCAGCAGUGGAUUUAGAUUCAGGUCGCAAUGCUUGGUUGCAAUAUGGUUUUAAUGAAGAUACUGAUUUCAAGCCAUAUAAAGUGUCUGCAAACACAGGAGAAAUAAGAACUAUUCAAAGCCUGGAAGACAUGGAUAAUUCAGAGCAACGGCUUGUUAUUUUGGUCAGUGACCAUGGGGAACCUCCUCUUACAACAACAGUCACUGUGGUUAUAAACAUAGUGGAGAGCGUUUUUCAAGAAAACUCUAAAUCUCGUGAUUUGCUUUCAAAUUCCAAGCCCAUGACAGAUAUAACCCUGUAUCUUAUUAUAUCGCUGGUGGCCAUCUGCUUAGUUUCCCUUGUUACCUUUUCAAUCUUGAUAGUAAAAUGUAUAAAAAGAGAAAGCUAUAACAGUAGCAAAGGCUGCUGCUUUAUGAGUAGGUCGCAAUCCAAGCCAUAUGCUGACCAGUACCAGCCAACUCUUUAUUUAAACACAGAUGGGACCCUAAAAUACAUGGAAGUGCGGAUGGUUCCACCAGAACCUCAGGCACAAUGUUAUCAGGCUUGUUUUCCUCAAGCUACAGGGAACCCUGAUACAAGUCUAACAAAUCCACAAGGUUUUACACCGCCUAAUGUAACUGUCAAUGACAAUUGCACCUCUUCGGAAACAAGCUGGCUAAAGGAGCUGAAUCAGUCAGUGAUCAUGGAGAUCCAACACUAA